AUGCCGGGAAAAACAGCGGCCACUCCGCGUAUCACCAAGUUCACCAACUGUCGAUUGGUGCGCGGGACAGCUUUAGUCGAACAAGAUCUCUGGAUUGAUUCUCUCACGGGCAAGAUUCUCAAAGACCAGGAAGCCUUCUAUGAGCUCCACCUGUCACCAGAUGAGAUCAUUGAUCUGGGCGGCCGCAUCGUCGCCCCCGGCAUGAUCGAUGUCCAGCUCAAUGGCGCACACGGAUUUGACUUCUCGGUCCCUGCCGACACCAAGGAGGAAUACGACGAGGGUCUGCGCAUGGUGAACAAAGGUCUGGCGCGGACCGGUGUGACCUCAUACCUCCCGACUGUGGUUAGCUCCACCGCCGAAGUAUACCACAAGGUGCUUCCCUCUCUCGGCCCAACAGCCAAGGUUCACAAACCGCAAGAUGGCGCCGAAUCCCUCGGUGCCCACGCCGAAGGCCCCUUCAUCAGCCCCGGCCGCAACGGCAUCCACAAGUCCGAAGUCCUCCUCUCCGCAGAGACCUUCGCCGACAUCCUCGCCUGCUACGGCGCCGACAAUGUCAACCCCAACCCUAUCAAGAUGAUCACCGCCGCCCCCGAAGUCGGCAACAUGAUGGCCCAGAUCCCCGAGAUCGCCAGCCGCGGCAUCAUCUAUUCCAUCGGCCACUCCGACGCAACCUACGAGCAAGCCGUGGCCGCCACCCACCAAGGCGCCCGCAUGGUCACCCACCUCUUCAACGCCAUGCGCCCCUUCUACCACCGCAACCCAGGCAUCUUCGGCCUGCUGGGCCAGUCCGAGCGCCGCAGACCCUUCUACGGCGUCAUCGCUGACGGGAUCCAUCUGCACCCGACCAGCAUCAAGAUCGCCUACAAUGCCCACCCGGACGGUCUGGUCCUGGUGACGGAUGCGAUGCGUCUGUGUGGAUUGCCCGAUGGAACCUAUGACUGGACGAAUGGGGAGCGAAUCGUCAAGACGGGCGCGCGCCUGACGCUGGAAGGCUCCGAUAAGAUCGCUGGGUCCUCUGCGACGCUUAUUGAGUGUGUGAACAACUUCCGGCGCUGGUCUGGGGCGUCGACGGCUGCGGCGAUUAAUGCGGUCACUGCAGUGCCAGCGCGUUUGCUUGGGUUGGAGGGUGUGAAGGGAUCGUUGGAGAGUGGGGCGGAUGCGGAUCUGGUCAUUUUGGGAGAAUGCGAGGAUCCGUUCUCGGGCCCGACUUUGACGGUCGAUCAGGUCUGGAAGUUCGGAGCUAAGAUCCAUGAUACUGACAAGGCUGUGGUUUGA